CCCGGGCGGGAGCGCUCCUCGCUGCUGCUUUAAAAGGGGCCUGUCAGCUGGAGAGGAGGGGAAACACGUCCAGGAGCGCCUCCGUCGCCAGCUCCGCUUUUCUUCCGUUCAGGGGGAAGAACAACAACAACAAAACAACAAAAAUCCCUCUCCGCAGCGUUGCUCGCUCUUGUCCGCUCGCUUCCCCCGCCACCCCGCAGCCGUCAGAGCCGCCUCGGCUGCGGGCACGUCCGAGGGCUGCUCCUGGGCAGAUAACGCGGAGAUGCCGCUGGCAGGAGAGAGACACCAGGCAGCACAUGGGCUGGGAAGAAGGAGCAGACAGAAAAGCCGCAUCCCCGCCUCCAAGGAUUUCCUACCGCAAAGAGGGGGAGAAGAGGGGGGGAAAAAAAAGGAGGAAGCAACAAUUUUCCUUGGGGGAGGGAGCUCGGGAGAGCCCGCGUGCCCGUCUCCUGCCGUCCACGCGAGUAUUUAUUGUUUUAAUAACCCCUGUUUGGAGUGGCUUGGGAGCGGGGGGACUCCCCGAGGUGUGGCUGUGCGGAGCAGGGGGGCGACGACCCUCGGCCCCGGCGUGCAGAGCUAUGAAGCAGGGACAGAGGCAGAGCGAGCUCGUUGAGGCAGGGCUGGGAUCUGAGCUCGCACAAAUAGCUCCCCGGCGGACUCGCCCCAGGUUCCUGCCCUGCCCUGGCCCUUCGCUGGGCUCCGAGGGGGAAGAACCGGAGCUCCACGCCCGCCGGCCAUGAGCCACCUCUACGGCAGCCACCUCUCCCCCAUGGGCAGCCCGUCCAUGCUCUACCUCCCGGCCGCGCUGGGCUUCGCCCCCAGCGGCGCUCUCUCCAGACAGGACCCCCCUCAGAAGCCCCCCUACAGCUACAUCGCCCUCAUCGCCAUGGCCAUCAAGGAGGCUCCGGAGCAGAAGGUGACCCUGAGCGGCAUCUACCAGUUCAUCAUGGACCGCUUCCCCUUCUACCACGACAACAAGCAGGGCUGGCAGAACAGCAUCCGCCACAACCUCUCCCUCAACGACUGCUUCGUCAAGGUGCCCCGGGAGAAGGGGAGGCCGGGCAAGGGCAGCUACUGGACCCUGGAUCCUCGCUGCUUGGACAUGUUCGAGAACGGCAACUAUCGACGGAGGAAGAGGAAGCCCAAAGCCGCGGGACCCCCGGAGGCUCGGAGCGGUGCCGUGCCCCACGACGGCGGCCACCCCGACGAACCCAAGCGGGCCAAGGGGAGCGGAGCGGGGCGCAGCCCGGCGGCGGACUCGGGCGACGAAGGGGCUCCGGGAGCGGCUGCUGCUGGUGGUGGGGGAGAAGGGGUUGCCCCCGGGGGACCCCCCCGCUGCUCCUCCGCCGCCGCCCCCCGGGCUCCCGCCGCCUCCGGGGGGCCGCCCGCCGCCCCCCCGGCUCUCAAGAGCGGUCCUCGGGGUCGCAGCUUCAGCAUCGAGAGCAUCCUCGCCCAGGGGUUGCGGCAGCCCCCCCCCGGGGCCGUCCCCAAGGCCCGGGAGAGCCCCGUCGGUUGCCUCGGCGGCUCCCUGGUCGCCAGCGGGGGCUUCGGGCCGGCCCUCAACGCCUCCCUCAUGCUCGACUCCCAGGUGCACGGCAGGCUCUACCACAUCGGCAUCCCCUUCCUCUCCUGCUUCCCUCUCCACUUCUCCGAGGCUGUAUUGAAUUUCCAGUAGGUGCCCCCCACCCUUCCAGCCCCCUCGCUGCUCGCUGCGAGGGAGAGCCCGGACUCGGACCUCGCCAAGCGGGUAAAAGACCAAAAAACGCUCUUAGAGGUGACUCAGGAUUUCAGGGCAUUUUCAAGGCACGUCUCGCUGCGGAGAGCUCCUUAGGGAUUGCUUCUCCCCACCCCCCAGCCCCCCCCACCAGAUCGACUGCGCAAGGUAAAGCGGUUUUCUUUUCAACUCGGUGGCAGAGGCACAGAGAGAGCGCAUGGGGGGGGUCCCACGCUGGCCUCCACGCCCUGCCAGCUUUGCUCUGCGGUUUUUGCCUUUAUAUCCACCACGUUUCUUAGACCUGCUUUUUGCCACCCGCCUCUGGUCUCCAGUCUUCGUUAUUUUUUUUUUUUAUUUUUAUUUUUCCUUUUGAAA